UCGAAAAAUUAAUCAGUUACUCUGUUACUAUGCUUAAAUAUUGCUGAUUUUGUACUUGAAAUUUCCCAACUCCCAACUUCGACACUGAUAAGAAGAAAUAUCACACACAAACAUAUCCUAGUAAAACACAAGCACGUCUAUGCAGCAUCUUUUUCGCACGUAACUGAAAUUCUGAUAAGAAAUGCCACAGUGUCGUUUUACUCGUAUCGGCUUCUUAUUCUGUAAAUAAUCUACCAUCGGAAUGUUUUGACGCGAUAGAUAUUUUUAAUUUGGUGAAUGACAAUGUCUCAUAUAUUUUUAUCAGGAUGCACUCGCAGUAAGAAUUAUUUACGUUUCAAUUCCUUAAACGCUCGUGUUUAUCAAGAACCUCCAAGUUUGCAACAAUCCACCUCAAACGAGAACUUCACCUUUAGACGAUCCCGUUCAAAGGACUCCAACUUGGAAAAAUCCAGCUCAAAGAAUAAAUUAAACUCUGAGGAAUCCAGCUCCAAACAAAGCAAUUCAACAAUGGUCUACUCGACAGAAUUGACCCCAAAGGAACUAGAAUCGAAUGGAUCAAAAUCACCCGAACUAAAAAUAAGUGAACCGGAAACGGGUGAAACCGAGACGAAAGAAACGAACUGGAGUAUUGAUAUUUCAUCUAUAUUAAAAGAUCAAAAAUGCGCUCUGGAAGAAAUCAAAGAACAUCUAGAACUAGACGGAGAUGCUCUUUUUCUAGUACCAUCAAGCGACGAUAAAUUACCAACUAAAACAAUCAUGUUUUGCGCCAACAUCAUAGGCAUCGUAAGACACUUGGAGAAAAGAUUCGAAUUAAACUGCAAAUACAAAUUGACCAAAGCGCAAAAACGUUACAUAGAAAACGGCUCCUCCGAAAAAGAGAAAAUGGUCCGAAGACACGCACUGAAGUGGCAAUUUAUGCUUAAAGAAGACUUCUACCUUCCCUUAUGCUCUGCCUUGGAAGAGAAACAAAUUCCGCUGCAGAAAUUCUGUAGAUCUGUUGGAGUUGUUCAUCAGAUGUUAAUCGAUACCGUCAAGUCUCAAUCGAAAUACUCUCCGGUUGUAGUCACUCCUAUUCCAGGCGAAAUUCAAUGUUUACCCGAACAUGUGGAAUGUUUCAAGGUGUUCCUUGAUAUUUUGAAAUGAUCGACGCGAUUAUCGCUUAUUUUUUUUUAUCAUUGUGAAAUUGAUGGAAUUUUGUAAUAUUUUGUAAUAUGUGCUAAGAUUAAGACUCGUUACAUAUAUUUUUUAGUGAAUUUUUAACAUUUUUACAGGUUGUAUUUUUUUGUACCCAUUUGAGUGAUUAUUUGUGAUUAAUGUUUAUUUUGGUAAGAAUUCUAUGUAAAAUUGUGUUCAAGAAGUUUCGUCUCUGAAAAUUAUAUCUUUUUUUUA